AUUUCUUUUAAGCGACAGGGUGUCUAGACGCACACGUGACCGGGCGCGUCAAUGCGCACUGGAGACUGGAGACGGAGCAAGGGCACCCAAACCAUCCGCCUCAUUCGCAGACUCGGAGCCGUUCACCCCCCUCGAGAUCACUCGUCGGCUCGCUUUCUUCCACACAGGACGCGGAAACUUCGCGUGCGAUACGAGGCUGGAUUAUUCCGCUGCUCGGCGGCCGUCGGCUGGUAAAAUAGGCUACGAGGCUCGGCGCCUGGACGGAACCCGAGGGUCUGUUCUGGCGUUUUUUUCCCCCUCCUUUCUGGCUUUCGACUCGGGUUAGAGCUCCCGGAUCCGCUCCCUGGCUUCUAACAGGCGGCGGACCGCAUCCUCUGCGCACCGGUGGCACAUUCGGACGUUAAAGGAUAAAACGCCUCGUGAAGCCCGGCGGACAGAACCCACUUUGUGCAGUCGGAUCAAGGGUUUUUUUUUCCCGGAUUAAUGCUCUUGAAGACGCGGCGACGGGCUUCGCGUUUCAUGGGAUAACUGUGGUAGCUCUCGGCUUCAUUAGGCCCCAGUUCGUCGGAUUUCCAGCACCGCCGAUGCGCACUGGCAGCAACACGCUUUGACGCUCCGUGCUGAAAAUCGACGCCGCGUGUGUUUAACGGGGUCAGACCGCGGCGCCAGGCGGCUCAUCGCCCACUGAGUAGCUGCAGCACGUUCCGUCCACAUGCCGCUGUUUUAGCCGACCCCCUGCCGCUGGAGAGGUGGACGCGCUGCUCGGCUCAUUCCCGGAGGAUCGUCCGGAGGUGAUGCUUCUUUAUCCCCGGAGCGAACGCUGACUGUCCCGCGAACCUCGACUGAUUUGGGUCAUCCGGUCCGCAGACGGAACGGAGACUGGCGUAUGCUACAGAAUCCCUCUGCGCGUCCGGCUCCCCGUUUCUCCGCCGCGUUCUCUCAGGCUGCUUGUCUUUGCCUGGACUCAGAUCCCGGAAUCUUCAUGAUUUGCGGACACCAUGCUCGUUCUUUAGCCGGGAAACCCUCUUUUCGUCCCGCAUGUUUAGGACCAAACGAUCGGGGCUCGUCCGGCGACUCUGGAGGAGCCGUGCGCCCGUGGAGGGCGACGGGGAGGUGGAUAGAGGGACGCAUGGCUCGGAGGGCUGCUGCAUGGGCAAAGCGACAAAGGUGGCCAAGUCCAACGCCGGGUCCGAGGCUGAAUUGAAAGCGUUGACCCACUCGAUCCUGAAAAAGAUCAAAGAAAAACAAUUAGAGGUGCUUUUGCAGGCGGUGGAGUCCAAGGGGGGCGCCAGGAGCCCCUGCUUGCUCCUGCCCAGCAAAGUGGACGCCAAAGUGGGUCAACAGUCUUACUCUCUCCCCAUGCUGCUCUACAAAGUGUUCAGGUGGCCGGACCUCAGGCAUUCCUCGGAGCUGAAGAGGCUGUCUUGCUGUGAAUCCUACGGGAAAAUCAACCCGGAGCUCGUUUGCUGCAACCCGCACCACAUGAGCAGGCUUUGUGAACUAGAGUCCCCUCCUCCUCCGUAUUCGCGCUAUCCCAUGGACUACCUUAAACCACCAGAUUCUCCAGACUCUGGACCUUCAUCCAGUGAUACUGGGGGAACGACGUACUCGGCCCCCGUGGGGCUUUCAGAUUCCCUGGCGCUGCAGGAGUCUGGCGAACGGGCCCACUGGUGCGUGGUGGCGUACUGGGAGGAGAAGACACGCGUGGGGCGCCUCUACUCGGUCCAGGAGCCGUCUCUGGACAUUUUCUACGAUCUACCUCAGGGGAACGGCUUCUGCCUGGGCCAGCUCUGCUCCGACAACAAGUCCCAGCUGGUGCAGAUGGUGCGGGCCAAGAUCGGCUACGGCAUCCAGCUGACGCGCGAGCCGGACGGCGUGUGGGUCUACAACCGCAGCUGCUACCCCAUCUUCAUCAAGUCGGCCACACUGGACAACCCGGACUCGCGCACGCUGCUGGUGCACAAGGUGUUCCCCGGCUUCUCCAUCAAGGCCUUUGACUAUGACAAGGCCGGCACCCUGCAGAGGCCCAACGACCACGAGUUCACGCAGCAGCCGCGCACGGGCUUCACGGUGCAGAUAAGCUUCGUGAAGGGCUGGGGGCAGUGCUACACCAGACAGUUCAUCAGUAGCUGCCCGUGCUGGCUGGAAGUCAUCUUCAACACGCGAUAGCAGCGGCCUUCCUCCUCCUCACCCUCCUCACCCUCCCCUCACAGACUACGCCCACCCUCCCCCCUUUCGGUUCCAGAGGUUCAGCGGAAAGAAAAGACUGUUUUAAAAGGAGAAACUAUACGAUUCUGAUGGACUUUGUUUAAUAAAUGACUAAGAUUUAAUUAAAAUAAGAGGCGAAAAAUGUAUUUGUUAUAUAUAAAUAUAUUAUUAAUUGUAAAUAUGAAGACAUUUUAUAUGCAUCAUUAUUUAUGUAUUGUGCAAUGUGUUGAUGAAAAAAGAAAAUAAGAUGCACUUUGCUUAAUAUAAAUGCAAAACAAAGAAAUGCCAAAAUAAAAAAAAAUUACAAAUAAUGUUUUCAUCCAGGUAUAUUCAUUCAAGUUAAACUUCUACGGUAUAUAAUACAAACUGGAUCAACAUCUCAAUUCCUAAAAACCUCUUAAUGUUGUUUAAGCGCUGGCUCUGGGUCACGGUAGGACUUGAUGUGGAUCAUAAAAGCGUUUCCCAUGAGUCAGACUG